AUGUUGCAGGACAUCCAAUACCCGAAAUAUAUGGGCGUCAACACGGACUCUAUGCGAGAGAUGGGUAUCGUACCCCCUCAAAUUCCCCAAGAGAUCGCGGGACCAACACAAAUCGAGGGAAUCUGGAUCUACAUGGUGCAGCUAUCCACGCUUUGGAAUGAGGUUCAACAUUAUGUUUCUCACUGCGCCAGUGGGGACCCAAUGCCCCCUUGGUCCUUACAAUCCGGAUAUUCCGUCAUAGGAGCACAACUUAUGAACAUCGAAACAAAAUUCCCGACAUAUCAUCGCUGGGACUCAGUGAGAUUUAUGGAUCAUUCCUCGCACGACUUACAUCAGAACCGCGGAUAUUGGAGCCCCUGGGUGUACCUCCAGUUCACAUACCACGCAAUCCACAGCGUGCUCAACCAUCCAUUUCUAUAUUCGUGGAGACCACAGCAGUCUACCCAGCUGGCGGUGCCAAACACUUUCUGGAAAACAUCCUCUGAGCUCGCUCUCAUUCAUACCACAUGGACUGCCCGCUUGAUUGAUUUGAUCCAAGAAAAAGACUAUCAAGUAUCAGAUCCCUUUCUAGGGCAUCUGGUCGCCAUUGCGGCAACGAUCCAGCUUUACUACUGUCGCGCGGCCGACUCGACAGUGAGACAAUCUGCGCAAACCAAGGUUGACGUCUGCUUGGCCUUUUUGGGUCAACUUGCCACCAAAUGGCCUAGGUGCCAAGCCAUUCACCGCAAACUUGAAGAGAUCCUCCAAUCAGCAUUUGCCCCAAGUCCGUCUUCGAGUGAUGCAAGCCUUCCUCGACGAACACUAUCGAUCAACACUUCCUUAAUGUGGGAUAUCCUGCUCCACAGCUCACCGAGAACAUCGUCCGCUCCGUUAGGAGAAGGCCUGUUCGACUCAUCCUUCUUCCAGACCUCAGAAGAGGCGUCAGAGGAGAAGCAGACCGUCGAGACCGAGAUCUUUCACCACUCAACCAGGGCAGUGGAUACGUCUGAUGGUGGUCAAGCACUGCCACCCUAUUCAAGUGCUGCCGAUAGAAAAUCACAUUCAGAGGGUGGAGAGCAAAAACUACAUAGCAGUUGGGAGCGAUCUCGUUUCGGCCCAUCCGAUGGGCUGGUGGACCAGUAUCCAUCAGUAUCCGAAACAAUGAUGUGGGCUGGACCUGGUCUGCGUGGGGAUUCUUCCUUGAUGGAUUUAGCGCAUGACCCCUUUUUCCAGUUCCAAGAUCAUCAAAGCCCCUACAUGGGGAUUUGGGAAAUUGGAAAUUUGUAG